AGUUGCUGCUAAGUUAGAUCAAUCAGACCAUGCCGUCCAAGUCCACAGUGUCAUCAACCAGUUCUUCAGAAGGUGGCGAGCAUUCGAAUAGGCUCUUGUGUGUCCAUGGCCAUGCCCAGACUCCGGAGCGAUUUAGUAAUAAGAUCGGACCCAUAAGGCGAAAAUGCAAGUCCUUGGUCCAAUUCGAUUUCGUCAAGGGUCCUUAUGUGGUUCCCUUGGAAGAUCGAUUUUCCCACGAUUCGGAUGAUGAGGAUCUGCUCACCUGGCGGCAACCCGGGAUACCUCGGGGACAAGAUAAAAUGGAUGUCACUUCGAUUGUCGAGGGAGUCACUCCCGAUACUAAGGGUAUCUUCACGUUCUCUCUGGGUUGCGCAGCUGUCCUUGUAGCGAUGGCUCAGCAUCCUGAGGCCUUUGCUAAUGUCAAGUUUCUUAUUUGUGCCAGUGGUAAUUUACCGCAGAAUCCCACGCUUGUCGAGGAGAUAGAAAAGUCCUCGUUAGUGAAGACGAUGCCUGUGAUGCUGCUGUAUGGCAAGAAGGACCAGGUGGUCCCAGAAGACCGGUUCAACACCUUCAAGGCGGUAUUCUCCGAACCAGUAGUGAUUUAUCAUGACGGCGGCCAUGUAGUGCCUGGCUCCGCUCGUCAAGAAGUUCGUGAAUUUAUGGAGAAGCACAUUUGAACUCCCUCCAACAAUUCGCUUCAUUGGUGCUGCUUCAGUUGGAGUCUCUGUUCCUC